AUGCAGCAACUGUGGGAAGUGAAGGAAAAUAAGAAGAACGAGAGAUUCAUUAAAGGAAGAGACCUAGUGGAUGUUGUCUUCUCAUGGUCUGUUCGUGAUGUCCUCAACUCAAAUCUCUACAAAGGAAAGGUUGAUAAGAUCCCUAACACGUUCCCAUCAAGCACAGAGUAUUUUAAGUCAUUUGUCAAUCCGAUCAUCGAAGAGACACAUGCUGCUUUGUUGUCAAGUAUGGAAACUCUAAGACGAGCACCAACUUUCAAAAUUUGGGAAAUCAAACCAGCCAAAGAUUUUAAACCACCCACGAAUCUUUAUUAUGAGGUUACUUUGCAGACAAUGUCUGAUGAUAAUAUGAGCAACGAAGAUCGAAAACUGUUAGAGUUUAAUGAUCUCAUUGGCAUGACUGAAAAAAAGGCUUAUAGAAUCGAUGACUUGAGAUGUUCCAAUGAGCCUUACUUGCUGGCUCUUGUUUGUGGGGUAAAAGAAGAUAACCCACAUUUGAUUACUAUUUUAGCUUCCAAACCCAUUGAUGAUAACAUGGUAACUACAAAGGGAGGAAAGGGUGUGAAGAAAAACAUAAGCCUCUUUGGUGUUUAUUUGAUCAACAUGAUGACCAAUAUUCGUAUUUGGACAGCACUGCAUCCUGAUCCAAAAGGAGGAAACUUAAAGCUUAUAUCUAGAGUACUUCAAAGCAACAAUGAGGUUGGUGAUGAAAGUUGUGCUUCUUGCCAAGAAAACAGUGAGAAUAUUAUUAUUAUUCAAAAUCACGUAAAGAGAAGGCUACGUACGUUCAAACUGAAUUCAUCUCAGGAAAACGCGAUUUUGCGUUGUCUAGAAGCCAAAAGUUGUCACCACUGCAACACCAUCAAACUAAUAUGGGGACCACCAGGCACCGGGAAAACAAAAACAACUAGUGUUCUGCUUUUAAACCUUUUGAAAAUGAGAUGUAGGACACUGACAUGCGCUCCAACUAACAUAGCUGUUUUGGAAGUUGCUUCAAGGGUUGUGAAGUUAGUUUCUGAGUCCUUGAGGUUUUGUGGGUAUGGUCUUGGAGAUAUUGUCUUGUUUGGUAACCAAGAGAGGAUGAAGAUUUCUGAUAGGGAGGAUCUUUUCGAUGUUUUUCUUGAUUACCGAGUUGAGAAGCUCUAUAAAUGCUUUCAGGCUGUGACCGGAUGGAGAGCAAAUGCAAACCGUAUGAUCUCUUUGCUCAAUGAUCCAAAAGAAGUGUAUGAUCAGUCCUUUAUCGAGAAUGAAUGUGAAGAGAAGAAGCGUCCUACGUUUACACAGUUUGUAGAAGAGAGGUUUAGAAAACUCAGGACGGAUUUGCAUUUUCAGUUCUCAACAUUAUGUCUGCAUGUACCAACAGCCUUGUUCUCCUUUCAUGUAGCUGAGAAAAUGAAUCAAACUAAUGAUCUCCUUAGAAUCAUGACAGUUUCAGAUGAAUUUGGAGAAGAUGAGAAUGAUACAAGGAAGCAAGAUUGUAUGAAGAAGAUGUUAGAAUCGAUUUGUGAAAGUUUUGAACUCCCAGAUUUUAUAGGAAAGUUUGGACUAAAACAACUUUGCUUAGAAAACUCAUAUCUGAUUUUCUGCACAGCAUCAAGCUCAGCCAAGUUACACAUGAGUUAUCCAAUACAACUUCUUGUGAUUGAUGAAGCUGCUCAGCUAAAAGAAUGUGAGUCAGCGAUUCCUUUGCAGCUACCAGGACUUCAACAUGCUGUUUUAAUAGGCGAUGAGAAGCAGUUACCUGCAAUGGUGCAAAGCAAGAUUGCUUCAGAGGCUGAUCUUGGGAGGAGUUUGUUUGAAAGAUUGGUCUUGUUGGGGUAUAAGAAAGAGUUGCUGAACAUGCAAUACAGGAUGCAUCCUUCCAUUAGUAUUUUCCCAAAUAAAGAGUUUUAUGGUAUGAGGAUUUUGGAUGCUCCUUUUGUUAGAAUGAGAAGUUAUGAGAAAAAGUUUCUCCCUGGGAAAAUGUUUGGGCCUUACUCUUUCAUUAACACACCUUAUGGAAGAGAACAGUUUGGACAAGGACACAGUUUGAAAAACAUUGUUGAGGUCUCUGUUGUGGCUGAGAUUGUGUCAAAGCUUUACUCAGUAUCAAGAAAGUUGGGAAGAUCAAUAAGUGUUGGUGUGAUUUCACCUUACAAGGCUCAAGUGUUUGCAAUCCAAGAAAAGAUAGGCGAAAAGUACAAUAAUACCAGUGAGCAGUUCACAGUGAGUGUUCGGUCUGUAGAUGGGUUUCAAGGUGUUGAAGAAGAUAUUAUAAUAAUCUCAACCGUUAGGUCUAACGGUAAAGGAGCAAUUGGUUUUUUAUCUAACCAACAAAGAACCAAUGUAGCACUUACACGUGCGAGGUAUCUAAACAGUACCAUACUUAAUGUCGUGAAACUGUAUUUUUGUGUUGUUCUUGAUUCAUUAAACUUUGUUUGUAGAUACUGCUUAUGGAUUCUUGGAAACGAGUGGACUUUAACAAACAAUAAAUCAGUAUGGAGGCAGUUAGUAGAUGAUGCAAAAGCACGAGACUGUUUCCAUGAGGCAGAGGAUGAUGAAUCGUUAGCUCAGUGUAUUGAAAGAUCAGCAACAGCCCUUGAUGAUCUUGAUGAGUUUCGAAACAAUAGGUUUAUUUCCUUUAAGAACUCGAUAUGGAAGGUUAUGCUUAGCAACGAGUUCUUGAACUCUCUGGAGACGAUCCUAGACUCUGAAAUUAACAAAAGAAUUAUGAGCUUUUUGGAGAAAUUAUCAAAAGGGGAGCUUCAACAAGACUCAGAGACUGAUAGUGAGAAUCUGUUUAGAGAACAGGAGAUCCAUGACGGCCUAAGUCUCAUUUGGUCAAUAGACAUUAUUCAGAAAGAGAAUCACUAUGUCCAAAUUUUGAAGAUAUGGCAUGUCAUGCCAUUUUCUGAUGUUUCUUGUGCCGAGAAAUGUCUGGAGAGACAUUACGAGAGAUACACGAACGUCAAGAUAGAACGGUGCAGAUACAUAUGCUCUCAAGGAAAUCUAGUUGUACCGAUGAAAUGGCCGGUCAAGUCUUGUUUGAAGAAUGACAUUAUAAGGGAUGUAUCAAGAUCGUUUGCAUUGUUGAGUGUUGUGGAGGAAAACUAG